AGAAAUUUGUCGAAGAACAGAUUGCUUCAGUUGCAGCUGUGCUUCGACAGAAUUCAGAUCUAGAACGAGAGUUCGCAGAAUUCGUUUCACUUGCGCAGUCAUCCGACUUGUUGCGCACCUAUGUGGUGCAACGGGUUUUGUCCAAGUUUUUUGGAAAGCUUCCCUACGUGCUUCGUAUGGAAAUCGAGCGAAGAUUGGGAGAACCGGAUCGCGUUCGGGCAGCAUGGCAAAUUGAGCGCUGUUUGCAACUCCUGACUACUGACGAUUCAGGUGAGGUGACGGUAGAAAAUUUAUUCAUACAGUCUCUUUGAGAUAUCUGUGCGAUAUUAAUUCGUACGAAGUAGGACAGCAGGAGGGGGGUUUAUUCAGUUUGAGGGUAAAUUAAGGAGGUUUUGUGCCAGGGUUGAGGUAAUGAAAUUUUUCCAGCAGCAGAUAAUGUAGAGGUUACGCGGAUGAAAUGAGUAUUCACUCUUGUUUCACCUCCACAGGAUAGUUUCUUCGACGAUGUUAUUGCGCGGAUUUGGAAAGGAAUCGAAGAGCAGCAGUGUGGCGGCAACCAGAAUCAACGACAACAGCGCGUUGCAGCAUUCCUUCUCGAGGAUGCUCUGACACGACAACUCCAAUCCUGGGACGAUGAAGUAGGGCAGAUCGAGCAACAAAAGUGGUCCCAUCUCUAUAACGUAAUGGACGAACGGCUUGCUGGACUAAAGAGAGUGCAGACUUCUUCAUCCAACGUGGAUCAUGAAAGUUGUGGUUCUAAUGGGAGUGCAACUCCUGCUGAUACAAAAGCAGCAAGAGGCUCGACCAAAAGCGGACGGAAUUCCGGAGCGAGGGUGAUCAGUAGGACUAGCAGCAGCAACAAAUCCAGCCAUAGCGGUGCAGCGAGUAGUUCGACGAAUGCCCCUCCACUAUCGUACGGUGAUGACGAGAAUUAUUUGCUUGAUGUGCGCGAUGAGCUAAUUCGGCGAAUGGAGUGGGAGAAUGGUAUCUACGGCCUUGUGAUGCGUCGAGCUAAGAACAGCUUUGUCACAGCCAGAAAAACGAUUGCGGCGCGGGUGCCUCGCGAGCCUUACGAAAUCACGGUACCGGAUUUUCGUGCCUGUUUGGACCUGGUUUUGCGCGGGAAGCGGGACAUUGAAUCGAAAAUCGAGAAUUUCAGAACACGGGCAGAGGAAUUGCAUAGCCAAAUCUUCGGUUUCAUCGUGCGUCGUCGCAUUCCAGAUUGGGUGCAUGUCCCUACUGAUCGGGAAGAAAAUUGGAAAGAUGUCUGGGCUUCAACCAAUGCACUACCAGUAUUUGCAGACGCAGACGAAGUACCACCGCGAGGGAGAUCCCUCAGUACGGACUUAAAUGCUUUUUUUUUUCGGUGAGUAUUGUUUUGCUUUUGUUCGUCUUGAUGAAAAAAUACUUCUCGAUACGAACCACGAAACGUGAACAUAUAUAAGAAGUUCCUUGACACGACAUGAGAUCUUUAAUUCCAUCUUCCCCUCUCUUGAAGAUCUGCAUGGACGAUUUGCCGUCAUUGUCUUGACAACAUGACUACGUCCAAUUUUGAAACCUCAUAACAGUGGAUCGCGUGCUUGAAGCCAUGAACCGUCUCGACCGCCUCGUGCAGUUGAGCUGCGACGUGCGCGACGACAUCUGUAAGAAGUGCCCUAGUUGGGAAAUCGACGGGGCUGCAGUGGCCGCGCCUCUCAGCACUUUUAUUCAGGACCUAUCACAGUUGAAUGAGCGGUUACUCGAAAUUCUAGAUCUUUCUGAAGCGGCUGACUCAGCGGGUCCAUCACCACUCGACAUCCCUAGCACUGACUUGCAGUCUGGCGCCGCUGGUUCCUCUGGCACAAGCAGUGUGGUUCCGCUCCCGCCUAUCACUGCCGGUAACGGCCCUCCGCUCGAGACAGUUGCGUCCUUCAUCGACAUCGAGGGAUGGACUCAAUCUCAGCGUACCGAGCCGCAGAGGGCGAGCACCGGCGAGGAGAGCAAAGCAGAGCCUGCGGCAAGUACUCCUGCCCCAGAGGACAUGCUAUCGCUACGAGCUUUGCGUCGCAAAUGGAAUGGAGAUUUCUCGUCUUGCCUUGCAAAUCAUGUAAACUCGGUCAGGGCUGUAUUUGAAGAGCAUGGGCAGUACUUUGUGAAGCGCAGAACCUACAUCAGCCUGGCUAAAUGCAAAACGGUGUCCGAUAAUCUUUUCCGGGUGGAACUGCGAAUAUAAUGAAAAGCCCACUUCCUCUUCAGCAAGUAGUGCUCUUGCUCCAUACACAUCCGCUUCGCCACUUCUAGCGUCAAGGCAUUUCCCACUGCGACCACGGCUUAUUUUGGUGCAAGCAUCUCCACCGAUGGAUGUCAGGGACCGAUACUGCGUCAGCCAUUGUUCUGGUGCAGGAUACGGGAGAAAUCGGAACUAAGGGGGACUUAUUGUGGAUACAGCUCAUGUAGAAUGAACAGUCACUUACAUGUGUAAGCGAGAGCACGAAUACAUAGAAAUAGAAUGAUCUGAAGAAGCGACAAGUGACCAGAAUGCUAAUCUGCGAGCGGCGCGUGAAAAGAAGACCGCAUAUUGACAAAUUUGCACCGUGUAGCCACAGUCCAUUAUUCUGGGCGGUCGUGAUCACCCUGCGUAUGAGGCAUGCAAAUUGAGCGCUGC